CUGCCUCUGCGUGAAAUCUCGUCGGAACCUGAAAGGACCAGUGAAGAGUUGAAAGUGAAGCACGCAGCUGGCGGUGAUUCUGCAACUUUUUUUCAGUGAGAAAGCAACCUGAAGACGGAAACACUACGUGAAGUUGCGUGAAGACAACACUUCCAUUUUGUUCCUCCUGUUCGGGAGGUGCAGAACUGCGGUCGGCUCGGACUCAGCACCACCACGUCGGGGCUGAAGUCAGAACGAAGAAUGUCGCAGAAAGAAAGACCCAAGAAGUUUUACCGACUGGAGGUCAACAAGACGAUAUGGGAAGUUCCGGAGCGGUACCAAAAGUUGCGUCCUGUGGGCUCUGGCGCCUACGGAUCCGUGUGUUCUGCAUAUGAUAACAAGACAAAUUGUCAAGUUGCUGUGAAGAAGCUCUCUCGGCCAUUUCAGUCCAUCAUGCAUGCCAAAAGGACGCAUCGAGAGCUGCGUUUGCUUAAACACAUGAAGCAUGAAAAUGUCAUUGGCCUCCUAGAUGUUUUCAGCCCUGCUGCUUCUCUGAAGGAAUUCAAAGACCUGUAUUUUGUGACUCACCUAAUGGGAGCAGAUCUCAACAAUGUUGUGAAAUGUCAGAAACUCACAGAUGACCAAGUGCAGUUCCUCAUAUACCAAAUCCUCAGAGGGUUAAAGUACAUCCACUCAGCAGAAAUCAUUCACAGAGAUUUGAAACCAAGUAACCUGGCAGUGAAUGAAGACUGUGAGCUGAGGAUUUUGGACUUUGGCUUGGCGCGACUCACCGAUGAGGAGAUGACGGGUUAUGUGGCCACUCGUUGGUACCGUGCCCCAGAAAUCAUGUUGAACUGGAUGCAUUACAACAUGACGGUGGAUAUCUGGUCGGUGGGGUGUAUCAUGGCAGAGUUUCUAACUGGAAGACCUCUGUUUCCUGGCACAGACCACAUUGAUCAGUUGAAGCAAAUCUUGACGCUCGUCGGAACUCCGGGGCCAGAUCUUUUGAUGAAAAUUUCUUCAGAGUCUGCCAGGAGUUAUAUCCGCUCAUUACCAUCCAUACCCAAGAGAGACUUUGCUGAUGUAUUUGUUGGUGCCAACCCAUUAGCUGUGGAUCUUCUGGAGAAGAUGCUAGUUCUGGAUCCAGAAGAGAGGAUAACAGCUGCUGAGGCUCUGACUCACCCGUACUUUGCUUAUUUUCACGACCCAGAUGACGAGCCUGUGUGUAAGCCGCUGGACCAGAGCUUUGAGAGCAAAGAGUUAGAGAUUGUAGAGUGGAAACGUUUAAUCUAUGAGGAAAUGUGUGGUUUUGAGCCGCUUCUCACCGCUGAAGGUGAAGUAGAUUGAGAUGAAUCGACUGCUUCAACCAAGACCUUUUACUAUGUGCAUUAGCACCCACCAUACUGCCUGGCAAACGCUGUCUUUAUUACAGAAACACUCAUUAGCUGUAAGGACAUCAUUUCCAACACAGGGAAAACAAGAACCUGACCAGCUUUUUUUACUUAUAAACCACUGUGAUGAUGAUCUGUUGCUGGAAAAUGUCAGUUUUUGCCGUUAUCUGAAUUUAUUUUUCAGAUUUUUAAACAGAGUAGAAUUUCACUCGUGACUGUGAUGGUGUGAUGCUGAAACACCUGGACCUAUAGUUGUGCUGUUUUGUGUGUGUUGUAUUUUAUUUUUUUAUUGCCUGUUCAGUAAUUUAUCAAAAAGCUUUUUGUCCAUGAAUAUGCUAAUCUACUGGGUUGUCAUAUACAGCAUUGAAUCACUCUUUUWAAAUUUAUUUUAUUUUAUUUAUCUUGUUUUCUUGCAUUUAAAGAAAGUAAAUGGUUCGAUAUAAGAUGGUAGUGAAUUUUAUGCUUUUUAGCUGUUUGACAAAUUUGAGACAUGUUUUGUUGUCGCUGUCUUUUAGAACCCCUCAACUGAAUUUAACAAAUGUUAACACCUACUUAUGCAAAUGUCUUUUAAACUCUUAACAUGGCAAAUGCUGAUACAUGUUUAUAGUUGAUCUGGGGUAAAGGGGAAAUAUUCAUAAACACAUUUGUGCCUUUUUUUGUUUUUUAAACCAGUGAUGGUUAGUAAACAAUCAAUAUUGGAUGCGUGUUCACUCGUGUGCUGUUGGUUUACAGAAAUGUUAUGCUAUGAUCAUUAAAUGCCAAACCGUUAAACUGUAAAAGAGGGAUUUGUAUUUAUUUAUACUGUUUGAAUGUGCCAUUGAAGAGACAGCUAAAAGACCUCUUAAGCUAUUUUUGCUCAUGCACGUUAACUGCAAUCUCCGGUCCUUUUAACUUAAUAAAGACAUAUUUUUAAGAGAAA